AGAGUACAUUGAACUCAAAAAAAAAAAUCUUUUAUGAUAAAGACAAUUGUUACAAAUCAAGGAAAAACCGAAACACGUUUUUUUUACUUUCAACGACAACUAGGAACUUAUAAAUGUGUAUAAAAACUUCUACCCUGUAAAGAUUAUUAUCAUUCAUUAUUUGUGUGUGAAAGUCAUCGUGCAAAAUAAAGUUUACUAUUGAUUAUAUUAAGGUUCUUUUAAAAGUGGAUAUCAUAAAGAAUGAAGCCUGUUACCGUAGCCUGCGUUUUGUUCUUUGUCACGAUGGUUAAUUCCAAGCCUGCAGAAACGUAUACAGACAAAUUUGAUACUAUAGACAUCAAAGAGAUCCUCGAAAACCGUCGAUUACUGAUCCCUUUUGUUAAAUGUUUAUUGGAUCAAAGCAAAUGUUCACCGGAAGGAAAAGAAUUGAAAUCCCACAUCCAGGAAGCUUUGGAGAAUUACUGCGCUAAAUGCACUGAGGCACAAAAACGCUCGACUCGUGUUGUGAUAAGCCAUUUUAUCAACAAUGAACCAGACUAUUGGAAGGAACUCACAGCCAAAUACGACCCUCAGAACAAGUACGUCAAGAAAUAUGAGGAUGAACUAAAAUCUAUUAAGUCUUAAUGUUAGUCGUUAAUGUCAGUAAAUAUAUGGUUUAUUCUGUACUUAGAUAAUAUUUCAUUUACACAAAUAAAAGCAUGUAUUUUUUCAGAUUUUUUUAUUUAUGUUUCUAAGCGUUGAUCAUUAUUAAUAUUCUAACAUAUUAUUUUGUUGUUUUAUAUGACCAAAAUACUAUUAAGAUUUUUAGUAUUGUAUAUCAAAAGAACUUAAUCAUUUCACUUCAAUAAUUAAAACUCGUAUGUAAAUAAUUUGAUGCUUA